GCGCAUGUCGGUUGCAGAAGCUUCAAGCUAGCCGCUGAAACAAGCCCGGAAAAAUGUCGUGUUGUGCAGUGGGUUGCCAGAAUCGAAAGUCUGUAAAUAAAGAUCUGAAGUUUUACCGAAUACCAUCAACUCACACUCCUUUUAACGCCAACCGCAGACGUCUUUGGUUACAAGCCAUCAGAAGAAUCGACUGGAACGACAACCUAAUUAAAAAUGCCCGACUCUGCAGUUCUCACUUCAUAUCAGGAGAGGUGUCCAUGGACUCCAGUAGUCCUGACUUUGUCCCGUCUGUUUUUUCCUACUCAACCCAGUGUCAAAUAAACAAAGGCGACGCAAAACUUGAGAGAUUUAAGAGGAAAAGAACAAGAGAGGAAACCACACACAGACCCCCAGAUCACGUCCACCUGUCCACAGAAGUUACAGAUGAGGUUGCAUCAGAAUCCUCAGCCGCUUGCCUGUCCUCAGAUGACUGCAGAAUGGAGCCUGGUUCUGGUCCUUUCACAGAAGCCACAGUCCCUAAGGUUCUCCAUGAUGAGCUGAAACUCAAGUACAGCCAACUUUCUGCAGAGUGUGUCAACCUGCGUUCAGAGAUCAACAAACUGAAAUCAGAGAAGGAGGAACUAAAGGAAACACUCAGAAAAACACAGUUUUCCUUUAGCUCUAUCAAGAGCAAAGCGGUGCAUGUUCUGUUUUUCACAGGUCUGACCAGUGUCAUUUUUGAGUGGUUGAUUCAGAAACUUAAAGGCAGUGUAGAGGUUGUGCGUGGCUCUAUGAGCCUAGAGGACCAUCUAUUAGUUACCCUAAUGAAACUAAGAUUAGGACUCAGCAACAAGGAUAUUGCUUUCAGAUUUAAUGUAACAGAAUGUGACGUGUCGAAAAUUUUGAGAAGUUGGCUCCCUGUCAUGUCUGCGACUUUAAAACCUCUCAUUAAGUGGCCAAGCAAGCAAGCAAUAUUAAAGAAUAUGCCAAAAUGUUUUAAACCUAAAUAUAAACGUUGCAGGUGCAUCAUUGACUGCACAGAAAUUUUUAUAAACAGACCCACAAAUUUAACCUCCAGAGCCCAGACGUACUCAACUUAUAAAAGCCACAACACUGUAAAAUAUUUAGUUGGCAUGUCACCUGCAGGAGCCAUUACUUUUCUGUCGGCAGGUUGGGGCGGGCGUGUUUCCGAUAAACAAAUUACAGCAGAGUCUGGAUUUUAUGACCUUCUAGAGCAUAAUGAUGAGAUUCUAGCAGAUCGCGGUUUCACCAUCAGAGAUGAGCUUGCUACACGCGGUGCCACCCUUAGGAUCCCUCACUUUACCAAAGGAAAGAAGCAGCUCUCUGCUCAAGAAGUGGACACAUCAAGGCGUUUGUCUAAUGUGAGAAUACACAUUGAAAGAGUAAUUGGUAGAUGGAAAAACUUCAAAAUUCUGACAACUGUUAUUCCACUCACACAGGUUGACCUCUUAGAUGACAUGGUGAUUGUGUGUGGAGCAUUAACAAACCUCUGUAAAUGCAUAGUCCCAAGAAGAUAACUUGAAGCGGUUAACGUUUUUUUUUUAAUUAUUAUUUUUUUAGGUGGUGGUGACUGCAACAGAACAGAGAAGGAUCAGUGAACAAUUAAGUAAAUUACAUUAAUAGACUAUGAGUAAUAAUAUACAUAUGUAUAUAUGUGUAUAAUAUGUGUAUAUACUGUAU